CGAAUCGGGUUCCCAAGAUUUUUCUUUCUUUUUUCUUUUUUUUUUCUUGGAUUUCUUUCUCCAUGCAAAAUUGGAAAGAAGUAGAAGAACACCACCAACCUUACGCUAUCGGGUUAAAACUCUUGACGUGAAAUCUGAUUGCUCAAGGAUUAUUGAAAUUGUAAGUUCUUAUUGUUCCCCUGAUGAUGGAAGAAUCAAAAUUAGAUUCAAAAUCGAAAUCGAAAUCGAAAUCGAUCCCGAAUGAGAAUUUGAAAUUCGGAGAAAGGGCUUUAUCUGCCGGCGGCGCCGCUUUUAUAUCGGCGGUCAUAGUCAAUCCUCUCGAUGUUGUUAAGACGAGGUUACAAGCUCAAGCUGCAGGAGUUCCGUAUCAAGGCUCGUGUCGUUUGGGUUGUUUCGAUACGACUUCCACGGUGGUACAUGAUUUAAGAAGUACUUCUUCUCCUGGGGUGUGUAGAAUUACUGGCUCUGCGUCUGUAUGCUCAGAUAAUCAGUACAAAGGAACCAUUGAUGUGUUCUACAAAAUUAUCCGCCAGGAAGGGUUUUCUAGGCUUUGGAGAGGUACAAAUGCAAGUUUAGCGUUGGCCGUUCCGACUGUUGGGAUCUACAUGCCUUGUUAUGAUUAUUUUCGCAAUAAAAUGGAGGGAUUUACUGCAGAGAAGUCCCCAACCUUGACACCUUAUGUUCCACUAGUUGCCGGGACAAUUGCACGCUCCUUGGCUUGUAUCUCUUGUUACCCUGUCGAGUUAGCAAGGACAAGGAUGCAGGCAUUUAAGGGAACGCAAAGAGAUGUGAAACUGCCUGGCGUUUGGAAGACAUUAGUUGACGUCAUCAAUCCUGUCAAGGGAUCAAGUAAUGGACAAAACUACAGGAUGUUAUGGACUGGUCUUGGUGCUCAACUUGCUCGAGAUGUUCCGUUUUCCGCAAUCUGCUGGUCAAUACUUGAACACACCAGGAGAAGCAUUUUCUCGUUCAUGGGUGAAGAACCAAGGGCAGGCAGUAUAAUAGGUGCGAACUUCACAGCGGGUUUUGUUGCGGGUGCAGUUGCUGCUGCAGUUACUUGCCCACUAGAUGUUGCAAAGACGCGGCGGCAAAUAGAGAAGAAUAGAGAUAGAGCGAUGACAAUGACCACAAGACAAACUUUGGCAGAGAUUUGGAGGGAUGGAGGAAUGAGAGGGAUGUUUAGUGGAGCAGGGGCAAGAGUCGGACGGGCAGGACCAUCAGUAGCGAUUGUGGUAUCGUUUUACGAAGUGGUCAAGUACGGACUGCACAACUUUCACCAACAGUAGUAACACUUUAUAGUUAUUUACUAGACAGAUUUUUUUUUAGUUUUUUGAUGGGAAGCUACUAAAAAGAAGCCUUCCGCAUCAAACUCAAUAAAAGAGGUGCUUACUUGAAAUAACACCUCUAUAACAAGGCAGCGGGGAAAUUUUAUUCUUUAUUGUUUUUAUUUUAUUUUUUGUCAAUCAAGAAGGAAUAUGUUUAUUCAUGUUCUUGCAUUUGGUUUUGUAAGAAGAAAAUAAAGUUAUUAUUCAACACGAGAGAUUCUUUUAUGGCGUCA